GCUUUGGAGGGCCACGAACGUCACCAUUCUUACGGCUGCUCGGACGUCUUCUGCCUGCCAGCAGGGCUCUCCGGUUCAAAGUAACGCCGCAAAUUGGCGCUUUGGAGGAAGGCUUUGUGGCAACCCUCCGCCAGUGAAGUACAUGGACAGCGGCCACCCGGAGACGCCGAGUCAAACGAUCAGGCCUGAAGGCCAGCGAGCGGCGACUGGAAGCGCAGCAGCCGAUUAGAAGCGGUAGUAUAAAGAGAAGAAGAAGCCCCAAAACUCCAGGCCGGGUCAUAUGAACUUUCCAGAAGAAUGUUAGCGAGAACAACAUAAUUGAGACAGUCAAGAAGGAAUAUUAAAAGAACAACCUAAAUAAAUGGAAGAAAUAUCAACUCUUUAAGAAGGAUGACAAACAGCAAAUUCUGAAGAGUAACGCGGUAGCCAUUGUAGGGUAAAGCUGACAGAAAAGGUGAAAGCUAGAGUAAUUUUAGGAAGAUCAGAAAGUUGAGGAGCAGAGGGGGUAUGAAACGCACAGGAAAGACAAAAAUUUGUGCCAAGUGGGGGUCAGUAAUAUGGGAAACGCAGUCUGCCAUAUAGUGGGACACACCUCUUGACCAGCAGCUAAGUAUGUGCACUUGCAGGUUUCACACGAGAACUGGAGAGAGAGAACAGAAGCAAAAGUAAGGUGUGCUAGGCUGAACCGCUGCAACAGAGAAUUAGAAAGCUCCCUAGGUGGUCUGAGGAGUCACAAGUAGCCGCUUGAGGGUAGAAACUGAGGCGUCUCUUACAUAAGCAGCUCUUGCAUGUGCACAGGAGGAGGCGUGUUUGAGUUUGAUGAUGGGGGAAGCUAUCUUGGAAGUUGGGAGGGCGGCAAGGCACAUGGAUUUGGCGUGUGCAGGGGCCCAGGGGGUCAGGUUGAAUUUGCUGGCGAGUGGUCACUUGGAUUCGAGACACUGGGGGUUUAUACCGUUAAAAGCAAAAGUGGUCAGACAACAUACUUAGGUUACUGGGCACAAGGAAGGCGACAUGGUCUUGGGGGUGAGAAAAGAGAAGUAUUGAGUCUACCUCCAAGAUGGAGUUACCUUGGGGAGUGGAAUCAGGGUUGGCGUGGUCCACUUGGGGUGAGGGAGACAAUCUCUGGAGCCAAAUACGAGGGCACCUGGAGCCAGACAGGCCAACAGCAUGGCUGUGGGUGCGAAACCUACAAUGAUGGAGGUACUUAUAGAGGCCAGUGGGAGAAUGGAAAGCGCCAUGGCUAUGGAGUUCGUCAGAGUGCCCCAUACUGCAAAGCAGCACUGCUGUGUUCUCCACGACGCUCCUCCAUGAAUUCACUGAGGAGUGGAGCAGGUGGCGGCCCAGUAUCUGAACCAUUGGACCACACAUCCCAGACUGUCAAAGUGACGGAGAACAACAUACCUCCAUGCCUUGCAGGAGUACAAUUUAGACUUGACUCUAAGUUGCACACAUUCAGGUGGAUGAAUAACAUUCACAAUGUACCUGGAAAUGCUGACUCUUUACCAACAUGUGGCUUGAGAGCUGGCUUUGUGCUCACACAGCAGCUUGCCAACAUUCCCACAGUUGUCUCUGCACAGGACCAACGUAGAUACUUCUCAGCCAAAGGGAGAUCUUUAUCUGCUGCAGCAGCAAUGUCAAGAAUGAAUAACGUUUCUCACUCAAUGACCAAAUACAACUUCUUGCUUCGUAGAUCUUCGUUACUUAGUGGGCUACGUCUGAGACGUUGUGAAUCAAGAGGCUCACUUUCAAGCAAGCGUACCUCAGUUCGCAGUCAAGAUGUUGGACCAAGUACUGGGAGUUCCCUGGCCACAGGUCUCUCAGAGGCUGAAUCAGAAACACUGUCAGGAAAUUAUCAACACGGAGCCCCCUAUUUGGUUACAGAUGGUUCUUUGACAGAGGUUUAUGCUGGGGAGUGGAAACUGGAUAAACGCACUGGAUAUGGACAGAGUAAACGUUCUGAUGGUCUGAGUUAUGAGGGUGAGUGGCUAGGAAAUCGUCGACAUGGAUAUGGUCGAACUGUAUUUCCUGAUGGUAGCCAUGAAGAGGGAAAGUACAGAACAAAUGAACUUGUGGACUGCAGAAAAUUUCAUAGUCUGAUCCCACUUCUGAGGAACAAGUUGCGUGAAAAAGUGGAGCGUGCUGUAACAGAAGGCAGAAGAGCUGCUUUGAUUGCCAGACAGAAAGAAGAGCUCGCCAUGAUCAGAGCAGCCCAUGCUCGAGUGAAAGCUGAUGAAGCUCUUGCUGCUGUGGAGAAGGCCUUGGAAGCAUCUCAUCUUGCAAGAACGGUAGCCAGUCAGCUAGCACCUCUGCUGAAUGACUCAGAUUGGGAUGAAAAUUCAUACUGUACCACAGUGUUACCAGCAACUGAUCCUCAGUCCAUAGCUACUCCUGAGUCUUCCCAGCUGGGUUCUCCUGCAAGAAACCCAUGUGAAAAUGGAGACACUAUACAUUGUACGACAGACUUCUCUGUUGAUGGCAGUGCUUCUCAGCCUCACAGUCAGACAUGGAAUGACAGUGGAACAGCAUGGAGUGAUCAGUGGCAUCAAACACAAGAAGAAAACUCUGUAUUGCGUGAGAGGAUGUGUGACAAUGAAAGGAGGCUCCAAGACAGCAGUUAUCUUGAAGCCCCUUUCCUCCUAGAAAGUGAAAAAGAGAUAUGGGAAGAAAAAGAUUAUCCUUUUGAAAAGGAGAUGCAGCCGGCCGAGUCAUUUCGAGAAUGUGGGUGGUACAAGGUCUCAGGGGAAACUACAGUGACACACCGGCAGUGUAUAAGUGUCAAGGACAGGACACUGGGCACAGUUACCCAAGACAGAGGUGAAUGGGAGGAUACAGACACUUCUUCCUAUUUCUUUGACUGUCCUGAGGAGAUCAUGUUGCCUAUGGCAACACAACAGUCUUCACAUUCUAUAGGAACAGCUGCUGUGACUGCUUUCGGCGCUGAGCAGGAGCCACAGGCUACAGACUCAGAAGGAACAAUUCUCUCCAUUUUGGUGAGCCCCAUGGUCGUGGUAGCCAUCUUUCUCUUCGAUAUUGGACUGGCAUAUUUGUUCUCUACUCUGUUUACCUAAUGAAGAGCAACUUGAGCAACUUUAAGGGAGGCUGCCUGGUUUUUGCAUGAUUUUAGAUGAUUACUUCUGUCUGCUGUUGUCCACGUACAUACACAAACACACAAAUAUUCACACACUAUUUGAUAUGAGUGUGUGUAUAUAAUAUCACAGAGGUGGCCCCUAGGUGUACUAGUACCCAACACAGAUUUAAGCAGCAGUCAGUAGGUUUACUUUGUUUAAUUUUUUUGCAGAUUAUGAGGGAAAUCACUUACUGGCCCCUUGUGGACCUCCGCAGACUCUCACACUCCCUCACUUUCUACUCUGGCUGUUUUUCCUACCUGCCACUGGGGCAUUGUUUUGCUGACAUCCCAUUUUGUAGGUUGACCUUUUUAUAUGGAUGUCACACUGGAAGGAUCAGUUCUGAGAUCUUGCAAUGGCAACUUAAUGUGAACCCAGUCUUCAGCUGUACCCAUAAUUUUAAAAAAUGUAUAAAACAGAGCAAGCUUUUGUUCUGAUGUCCCUGUUAAGUAUUAGAGGACUGAGCCUUGGGAGUCUCUGGUCUCUGUGUAUCAUGCACUGUAACUCUGUGACCCAAUGGAGUGUUUCUCCCUUUUGUAGCCUCAGAGUGUUUGUGCAUCUCAGAUUAAGAACCCAGUACCGUGUCUCGGGCUAUCUCUGCUGCCCUAUAAAAAAGAGAGCUGAGGCUUAUCAUCCAAAACAAAGACUUAGCUAGCUCCACAUAAACUUCUUUCUAGAGUUCCUAUUAUACAUAAUGGGCCAUUCAUUGUGCAUUGUGCCAUGUAUUAGGAGAUUGCACCUUUUUCUGCCUUCCUGAAACAUAUGAGGAAGGGAUGGUGUCCCCACAAAAACUGCCCCUGACUCACUGGAGAUUUGGGGAUUUUCAUUGAUCUGUAUUAAAUAAUAUAUGGGACAGUCUUUGAGGUUUCCCUCUAUACGAGACUGAGAUCCCCUAUCUGAGUCUUUGACUCUGUGACAAUAUUCUAGAUAUCCUGAGAAUGUGAAUUUUAAGACAUGAUGGACUUCUAAAAAUAUGAAUGGAUUAGAUAAAGUGAUAGGUGUAGAAAGGUUUAUUCUCCCAAAAGAGAAAUUUGUUUGCACCAGGGAUCUACAGGCAUACAACAUUAUUUCACAGUACAGUAACAUAAUUCAAGAAUAAAAGAUGCUGAAGAUAUGAUAAGAAACAGAGGGGCUUCAGAGAGAAGCCAGCUGCAUUUCAUGGGACAAGUACCAGUAGGAUUUCCUGUGAAUUGUUUAUAACGUUUACAAAUGA